ACUGUCAAACUUCUACGUAGUAAGAUAUCUCAACAUUAUCUUUCCCCUUUCUCCAAAUCAUCAAAUUAUACAGGCUUACAAUUUGGUUUAGUUCAACACUUGAGAUUAUUUGGCGACGAUGUUUCUGAGCCCGCCAUAUCAAUCUUUAUGGAUCUAAUUGAUCUUAACUGAGCCCGCAAAUACGGACUAUCGUGACGGCAGAAUCUGCAUUAGAGGAAAAGCUCUAAAUUUCUUCUCUGGGAACUCGCAUAGUGGCUUACUGACACGUUUCCACUGACACGUUUCCAUCAUUUUUGGCUAGGAUGUUUUAAUGUGCGAGUCUGUAAAUGAGGAAAUUUUGGAAGCUCAGUCUAAAGGACAUACCAACCUCUAUUUGAAUUAUCGUAAGCUUAGCGAAUUGCCUGAGGAACUUCUAACCUUGUCCAGGGUAAAGAAACUUUACCUCAAACGAAAUGUUCUGACCAAGUUGCCAGCAGAUAUCUGGAAGCUUGAAAAUCUGGUAGAGCUAUAUUUAUAUUCUAAUUACCUUCAUCACCUUCCAGAUGAGAUUGGAAAACUUCAGUUGCUUGAAAAAUUAAAUGUCGGCUUCAACUACCUUAACAUCCUGACACCAGCUAUAGGUCAGCUGAAAUCACUGACUUCACUUCAACUUGCCAACAACCAGUUGACAUAUUUACCCAAAGAGCUUGGAAAUCUCACCAAUUUGAGAGAUCUCAAUGUCAUGAACAACAAGCUUGAAUGGUUACCAUGGCAAUUGUGUAACUGUUCAUCACUCAAGAUUCUGUCGUUUGAUGGGAAUGCAGUUCAGAAGAUUCCACAUCAAUUGAUGACUCAUCAGGGACUGGCUGAACUGUAUGCCAGUGGAAACAAACUUUGUACUUUGCCUCAAGAUUUGAAUAAACUCUCCUCUUUGGAGUUCCUGAUACUGGAUCACAAUACUGAACUUCAGCUGUUGCCAGCAACUCUACUAAAAAUGAAGGAUUUAAAAAUGAUUGGCCUGAGUGGUUGUGGCUCUAAGGAGCCAGCUCGACUGCCAAGGACAGAUUCUAAAGAAUUGGAGGAAGUUUUUAAUGUGAGGAAUAUUCUUCAAGGGAGCAGUGGAAGAAUCCCUCCUCUCCUGGAGUUGUGUUUCAGAGCAGUGUUAUGCCUUGUUCAGUCACUCAAUGAUGAAAAACUCUAUUCCCUUGAGCUGCCAUCCCACGUAACCAAGUUACUGGCUGCGCCCACAGGUCACUGUUUCGUUUGUGACAGUUGUUACUUCACAGCGGUGUUCUUCCGAGAAGAAAACGCCGACACAGCACUGCGUAUCACUAAGCCCAGCGCCGAAAUCUUCCAGGGAUUGGGUGACACUACGUCUUCAUUUGUCUUUUGUUGCUGCUCAAGGAAUUGUUUGGAUGAAGUGGGCAGAUUGUGUGACAUUCCUGUUUAGGGAACAGAAUAAUAUACAGAAGUCGUGUUAGAAGGAGCAUUUAUUUUCAUGGAGAUUUUUACAGAAAUUUUUACCAGCUAAUAUGCUGACCUAAAGUCUGUGUUUGUAUGUUAUGGACUUCAGAAUUCCACUGAAAUAUUUCCUCGGAGUGUGGCCCCAAUAUAAUUGAAUCAUAAAGGGGCUUUAGGAAAGCGGUGACUUGGCGUAAAGGGAAAAGAAAAGGAUUACGUAAAACUCCGGGAGCUGUCAAAUUUAUCGUAAUUUGUUGUUUUGGUUCAAUAUUCUGAGCAUCAAUUCCAUCACGCAGAUGACGAAUAAAACAAAAAAAAGCAAGCGCAUGAUAGGUAAUGAAAGGAAAUAAAUCGCAAAAUAUUUGUCACAUCGA